AAUAGUUUUAAUAGUUUUCAUUCUGCCGACUGAUCAGAACUAGAAGAGUUUCAUUCAGUGGCAUUUGUGUUUAUUUGUAGUUCAUUUUCAUGUCAUAUUUUGUUCAUUUUGUUUAAUAGCUGGCUGUGAGAAAAGAGUUUGUGUUUGUGUAUGUCUGAAUGUGGUGUGACAAGGCCUUCCCCCAACACAGCAGAGUCAAUGUGAAAGUCACUAUCAGCUUUUCCGCUAUCUGAUUGACCUAGGGCUGAGUCAAAUCUUGUGAGGAAAUUAUCCAGCUGGCACAGGAAAUGUGGGGUUCUCAGAUCACCCUUCUUGUCUUUCUUCUUCUCACUGUUGGUCCUGGACGCUGAGUGUUAGAGACGGAGAGUGGUUGGGGGUCCAGCCACGUUUUCAAGAGACAAGAUCUGUUGCUUUGAAUCGAUGAGAGGAGAAUCCCAGAGGGAACCCCCGUCAAAGUCAAAGGAGGAAUGUGAAGAAAUUACAGUGAGACAAAGACGGAGUCUGAGAGGUGAACCCAGCUGGCUGAGGGGGGAGACAGGGAGAACACGUCAAUAGGAAGGCAGGAGAAAGUGAAAGGGGACAGUCACAAGAGCCAGUCUGUGGUACACGUAGAACCGCUCUGGGUCUCGCUCUGUCAUUAUAUGCUUAAUACGUCCUUAGUGUGAAGAGGCUUUCCUGGAGCAGGUAGGCAGCGUGCUUCGGUGUCAUAUUGGCUGGGUGGCUGCUGUGAGCUUCUGUGGGAGCAAAGUAAGCGGAGAGGGUUUGCGAGCAGAGGCAGACUGCUGUAUUUGUGUUUUAGGAAGGAACUGGAGAGGCAAUGUGCUGCAGCUUGGGCUUACGCUGCCUGCCAGGCGCACGUGUGUUGUUUUAGUGCCUUUUUUUUGCCAUUUUGCUAUGUGGCUGUAUCCGCAUAUCUAUAGAGGGCUAUAGAGAACGCGUCGCGAGUCAGACUGUGUGAGGCAGCGUGCCAGUGAGACGGUGACUCAGUUGCAGCCGAGGACUGUGUGCAGCCACCCCAGAGUAGGACGUCACUCGGUGACCUGGCCCCUGCCCCCAAGCGUGGCCCAGUGACACGGCGACGUGGGUGUCAGAAAGGUGUCGAGGCAGGUGUGAAAAGCAGCGGAGCUUUCGAGAGCAGUGGAAACUGAGAGGCAGCAGUGCAGUUUUGAGCUGUGAAGCCUACCAUCCUAAACCCUCCACACCUCUCGCAAGUCUCCCCGGAGACCCAGCCUGCAGUUGAGAAGGGACUCAAUCGUCGCCCCCCAAAGCACGUGUGAGUCAGCCAUGAGGCCAGAGUGUGUGGCACUGAUGGCCCUGUGGGUGCUGGGCAGCGUUUGCCCCAGCAUGGGCAUGUCCACCUGCAAGCUGCUGGACCUGGAGCUGGUGAAGAGGAAGCGCAUCGAGGCCAUCAGGGGCCAGAUCCUGAGCAAACUGAGGCUGCCCAAGGAGCCCGAGCCGGACGAGGUGGGGGAGGGGGAGGACAUCCCGACCGCCCUCAUGUCCGUCUACAACAGCACGGUGGAGCUGAGCGAGGAGCUGGCGCAGCAGGGCCACUCCCUGCCCUCCCAGGAGACUGAGGAAGAGGAGUACUUCGCCAAGGAGGUGCACAAGUUCAACAUGAAGCAGAGCAACAUCAGCGUUGAGGACCAGAUGCUGUUCAACUUGAGCGAGAUGCGGGCCAAGCUGGGGCCCGGGCAGAAACUCUCUCAAGCCGAGUUGCGCUUGCUCAUUAAGAAUUUCAACAUGCCCCAGGGUGUCGAGCAGAGACUGGAACUGUACAGGGGCCUGGGAGACCACGCCCGCUACCUUGGCUCUCACUUCAUCUCCUUGGAGUCAAACAACCGCUGGCUGUCCCUCGACGUCACGAAGACCCUGAAAGAGUGGCUGGAGGGGCCCGAUCAAGAGCAGUGGUUCCAGCUGAAGCUGUACUGUGGUUGCGGUAAACAGAAGGAGGAAUUCCGCUUCACAAUCUCAGGGAUGAAAAAUCAAAGAGGGGACACCGGGCCCCUUGCCACAAAGAUGCAGAAGCCCCACAUCCUGAUGAUGUCAACUUCCGAGCGACUGUCCAGCGACGGCACCUCACGCCGGAAACGGGCCGCUAGCACAGACGAGUUCUGCACAGAAAAGUCUGACAGCUGCUGUGUACGGAGGCUGUACAUUGACUUCAGGAAGGACCUGGGCUGGAAGUGGAUCCACGAGCCCUCAGGCUACUAUGCUAACUACUGUAUGGGCUCUUGCACCUACAUCUGGAACACUGACAACAAGUACUCCCAGAUACUGGCCUUGUAUAAGCACCAUAACCCAGGAGCCUCUGCCCAGCCCUGCUGUGUACCCCAGGUUCUAGACCCUCUCCCCAUCAUCUACUAUGUGGGAAGGCAACACAAGGUGGAGCAGCUGUCCAAUAUGAUUGUGAGGACCUGCAAGUGCAGCUAAAGCCAGCUUGCCACCUUCGUCAAACUCCAUCUGACUCCUGCUAAUCUCUCUGCUGUCUGCACAAUAUGGAGAGAGAGAGAGCGAGAGAGAAGAGAGAGAGAGUAGGAUGUCACACAUCACAGGACACUGCAACGAACCGAAGAGCAGGAUGGACACACUGAGAGUGAAAAGUGGAGAAUGGGAGAGAAAGGGGGCAAGAGGGGAAAUGACUUGAUUUUAUAUGACAUAUUUCAUUAUUUUUUCAGUAGUGUGAUUUUUUUAUAGAUUUAAAUUAAUUUAUUUUGUGCAAUGGUAUUUUAUACUGAGGUUGUUUUGGGGAACUCAGAGUUUAGGGGGUGGGGUGGGGGGUGUCAGAGAGUUGUGCAGUCUGUAGAGGAUGAUGAGGAGGAGAGCUUGAUGAGCUUUAGAUCACUGUACUAGAUUUGAGGAGCCAUAGUCAAUAGGAGCUUAUAAAUACUGGACUGGUCCACGAAAAAAAACCUAUGCCAAAAAGCUUUGGACCAAAAGAGCUAAAAUUUCUGUUCCAUUUUUUUCCACUGUGCUACAUUACAGGCACCUUUUUUGCAUCAAUAAAGACUGAAUGCACAUUUUCAAUCAGAACAUGAUGCAUUAAGUUGUUACACCGUAAAGUCAAUCUCUUUGCAAAGGUUCAUGCUGAUACAAAUGUGUUCAUGGGAUGGAUGAUGGCCAUUUUGACAAUGGCACAUAGUGAAAUUGUUUCUGCCAGAGUGGAAAGUACCCCUUUAUUCUCCUCUGAACAGUGCUUAACCGUCAUGCCCCUAAAAGGACAGCAACCCUUCUGUGUCAAGGAAAAAAGGAUAUGCGUAAGAGCUGGCCACAUGGUUCAGAUUCUGCUCCUCGGCGUAUCAGUGGACAUCCUUUGUAUGGACACGUGCACGUUAGCACAAAGUAACAGGUGUGAGUGUAUGGGAAUUACUCUUCUGUGGCACGUUAAUGAAUGGUGAAAAGUAGCACUAGCCAUCGCUGGAAAUGUACACCACCUGUCAGCAGCAAUGCACUCUUGAAUGAGUGAGAGCUGCUGGGCUGUCACAAUCUGAUCUUGACAAAACCUCCUGUUUUUUGGUUAUGGAUCACAGUGCCGAGUUUGAACCCCCCCCACAGCCCUGCUCUGAUGCUAAAAGCACUCAGAUCUGCUGGGGCCUGGAACAUUUGGCAUGCUUGGUAUUAUGGUGAAAUCAUCCCCACACAAUC